ACACAAACACAUACUCUCAAACACAGAAGGGUGGACCACCUAUAUGCUCAACCAUUCUCUCUCACACACGGUCAGGCUAGGCAGUGCACUGCCACGGACAGAGGCAUCUCCAUCCUCUCCCCUCCUCUGACUGCUCAAGGCCUGCAGACCCACUGACGAAGAAGAGUCAGGAUGAAUGGCAGCGAGCCGGAACCCUAUGACUACUAUGACUACUCGGACUGGUACUCGGACAAUUUAGAACCCACCAAGACACCCGUGGAAGUGGUUCCACCAUGUGACCCAACAGCCGACGAUCAGCUCUUCCACAUAUGCAUCGCAGCCAUAUCACUGGUUGUGAUGCUGGUCUUAGCUGUGGCCACCCGCAGUAAGAGAAUGUGCCAGAGCUUCCAGAGGGGAUCUCCCAGCAUCUUCAAUCCAGUAAACUUCCUGGACCACACACAAAACAGGGGCCUGGCCAUUGCAGUCUUCACACUCCUCUUCUGCAAGCUGUGCGUGUUGGUCAUUCAUCCUGUCCCUCUGCCGCUCACCAAAGAUGAAACACCUGCCCUCAAAGAAUUGUGGAAGAUUCUGUCGAUUUUCUACUUUCCACUUCUCUACUACCCACUGCUGGUGUGUGGGACCCUGCGCAGUAAGCUGGGCUAUGUGCUGGGCAGCGUGCUCUCCUGGACACACUUGGCCAUUCUCUGCUGGCAGAAGUCUGACUGCCCCAAGACCCCAGAGAUGUAUAAGUACUAUGCUCUGCUGAACAGCCUUCCUCAGAUGGUCUGUUUUGCCUUCCUUGGUCUUCAGUAUCCUCUGCUUCUCCUAAAGGGAUCAAAGAGUGACCCCAAAUCCAGCGAGGAUUUAAACCAUGACUAUUACAAAGAAUAUGUCAAGUCCCUCCUUAAGAAACGUCCUGCCAAAACAAGCCCUGCAGGCAAAGACAAAGCCCCUCUGGCAGACAGGAUCUCUGAUACAAUUAAGUCAUACAUAUACACACCUGAGAAAGCUUUCCGAUUACCACUGAAGCUGGCUGUCUCUGGAGCUGUGUCCUUCAUGGCAGUGUACCAGGUAAUGCUGCUGCUCAUUUGCUCUGUGAUUCCAAUCCUACACAUUGUGCGAGCAGGCAUUAAUGAGGACAUUGCUUUCCUUCUGCUGGGAUUCAACAUCAUUCUGCAUGAAGACCGUCAGGAAGUGGUCAAAAUUGUCAUCCACUACACCUGGUGUCUAGAAAUUUGCUACAUCUGUGCAGCAACGUUAUCUGGUCUGGUGUCUCUUCUGAUGCUUAUGCGGUCCAUGGUCUUACAUAGGGCCAACCUGAAAGAGCUGUACAAGGGGCACAUCUACAAUGAGUACAACCUCAGGAGGAAGAGUCGCGUCACUCACUUUGGCAUUGUUAGCUGGAUGGGCUUCACCGGCUCUCAGGCUGCGGUCAUGUGUCUAGCCAUGGCCAUCCAGACGCUGAUGUUCUUCCUUGGGUUCCUGGUUUUGGUCUUCCUGGUCAUUAUCCCUAUCCUGUAUGGGCAGAAUCUCAUGUUCUUCCAGAUUCUUGGCAUGCUUUGGCCACUGUGGUUGAUGCUGUUCCUAAUCGUGGCUGUCCAGCAUGUCACUGCCCAGCUCGCCUUUGUCAAAAAGGAUGCAGGAACCAGGAAUCUGGAAAACAGGGGGGGGCUGUUCCUGCUCUCCUACCUCCUUUUCCUGCUCAACAUUGUGGUGGGAGUGGUGAUUGGAAUCCUGAGGAUGGUUGUCACUGCACUGUAUAACAUCAUCCACAUGGGCCGUCUGGACAUUAGUCUACUUAACCGUGGAUCCGAGCAAUUUGAUCCAGGUUACCGGUGUUACACCCACUACCUGAAGGUGGAGGUGGGCCAGUCCCAUCCAGUGAUGAAAGCCUUUUGUGGGCUGCUGCUGCACUCUGCUGGUCAGGAGGGCAGUGCCGGACAAAGGAUCCGAGAUGCAGAAGAAGCGUGCUCCAUGCAGUCGGGUAUCCCCCUGGCACAACAGGAGAAGCGGCAGAGCAAAGCCUCCAAUGCCCGCAGGGCUCGCUUCCGCUGGCAGCUGCUGCUCACCCUGGUCAACAACUCCUCCCUGCUGGGCUCCCGCAAACACUUCCAGCUCCCGGCCUCCGACAGCACCAUCAACGGCACCCUCAACCGCAGCUCUAAAGAAGGCAGCAAGAAGGAGACUGACAUGGCUGCCGCCACUGCCACUGCUGACAGCCCAGCGACGAAUUGAACACCUCACAUGUAACCCUAAUGCAUGCUGGUUUCCCAGAUCAGGAUUUCAGACAGGUUUCAAGCAUGGUUGUCUGAAUAGUGGAGAGUAAGUCCAGUGUGAGGAUCAAUCCUAUUAUGGAAAGCCAGCCUUACAAAUAAGUCCUGACAUGGCAGGACAUAUAGAUGCUGUUCUAAUGAUUCUGCGAUGGUUGUUUCGGUGUAUGAGAAGGCUUGUGGGAUAUCUAUGCAUCACUCAUUUCUGUAUUAUUGUAGCCUACAAUAUGGCCAAAACAUCCUCUGUUGUUUUUAUUUUGUAUUUUUUACAGAGGGGUUACAUCAGGUAGAAUAAACAGGAUCAGGUUAUUGUGAUGAAUAAAGGAGAUAUGACCACAUUUUACAGCACUGCAAAAACUGCACUAGGUACACUUAACAUUUUUAUUUCCUGUGAGGAGCAGAAAUGUUUAUGAUGCGCUAAGACUUGUACAUGUUUGAUAAAAAAAAAGUGCGCUGUCCUGUUGGUACGAAUGUGCUGAAUUUGUUUAAGUUGUGUCAUGUCCAUGUUUUCUAAAAGAAUAGCUUUCUUGAGCUGUUUUAGCUUUUUUCAUAUGCUCUUAUCUGUCUCACCGAUUAUGCCUUGAUGUAUCAAUCUGCUGUUUCGGUCUAAGAAUAACGACAAACUAUUUUGCCAUUACAACACAUAAAAUAAACUGUAACUGUGGUUUAAACUUGGGUUUCUAAACGAAAUCAUAUAGCCUAUGUG